AUAAGGUCUUUAAUCUCUUUUCUAUGGGUCUUGAGUUUUAUCAUUAUCAUAAUUCGUCACGUGAGUAUAUUGUUGGGUUCUUAUUUUAUUAUAGUAAGUUAUUAAUUCUAUUUAGUAUUUUUUAAUUCUAUUUUCAUGUCAGUUAAUUCCUAAAUCCUAAAUUAAUUCUUUUUGUUAAAAUUUAUAAUAAUAGUAUUGCAUUUACUUCUGAAUAUUUUUUAUUAAAAAUAUAAAUAAUAAACAUGGCUGUAGAUAUGGACUUGAAAAAUGCAUUCAAAGAACUUCAUGAAAAAUUAUUAUAUGCAUCUCAAAAAAUAAAAUUGGCUGAUUUGCAAAUCGAUACACUUCGUCGUACAAAGCAACAUAAUAUUCUUACUAAGCAAGAACUAGAGAAAAUACCAAAAGAUGUGAAGACAUAUGAAGCUUUAGGUCGUGCAUUUGUUUUAACACCAAGAGACGAUGUAUUUAAAAACUUAGAUAAAGUUAACAGUGAUACAGAACAAAAAAUAACUGUCUUAGAAAAUACUAAACAAUAUUUGGAAGGAAAUUUGAAAGAAAGUGAGAAUAAUUUACGUGAAAUGGUGCAACGCAAAAGGGAUGUUGGCGGCGACAAAGAAAAUCAACCAGGCGGUUCUAAAGACUAAUAUAAUUUAAAUUUGGUUUUUUUUUUAAAUUCUAAUUUAUUAAAUUAACUCCACUGUUACUUUUUUAUUUUGUAACACUAUAAUUUUUAAUAAUAUAUUUGUUUACUCACCUGGCUAACAGAAAAACCUUAUUUAAUGAUAUUACUUAUAAUAAAAUCAUUAUAACACUUUA